AUGUUAGACGCUCUUGGUAUUGACGACUACAUCCUGAGCGGAGGGUAUAGCGGUCUGGCUCGCGCCCUGUCAAUGCAGGCGGAGGAUGUGAUAGAGGAUGUGCUGGCAUCCGGGCUGCGCGGACGCGGCGGCGCUUACUUCCCGGCGGCGCUGAAAUGGCGUGGAGCGCGGACGGUUAUGAACACGCCGCGAUACCUUGUAGUGAACUGCGAAGAGGGCGAGCCGGGUAUCUUCAAGGAUCGUCACAUCAUGGAGGGCGUGCCGCACCGCCUCAUAGAAGGCGCAAUCAUCGCCGCCUACGCCUCUGACGUUCAUGAAGCGUACAUCUACAUCAAUGCCGAGGCGAACCUGUCCGCAGAUCGAAUGCAGAUUGCCAUUGAGCAGGCAUACGCCAACGGACUUCUUGGCGAUAGCGUCCUUUCUUCAGGCUACGCGCUCGAAAUGCAGAUUGUUCGUGGCGCGGGCGGCUACGUGUGCGGCGAUGAGACGACGCUCCUUAACACGAUGGAGGGGCAGCGCCGCGAGCCCCGUCAGCGUCCCCCAUUCCCGACGGAAGCCGGGCUUUGGGGUCAGCCGACCGUCAUCAAUAACGCCGAAACCCUGUCGAGUGUGCCAUAUAUACUCGCCAACGGAGCCGAUGCCUUCGCCGCUAUCGGCACUGAAGACGAUAAGGGCACAAAGAUAAUCAGUCUGAGCGGUGCGGUUCUACAUGGGGGACUGGUGGAAGUGCCGAUGGGGACUACGCUGCGAGAGAUUAUCUACGACAUGGGCGGCGGCACACCCGGCGAUGCCGAACUGACAGCGAUUGCUGUGGGAGGUCCUUCGAGCGGCAUAUUCCCUGUGUCCAUGCUGGAUACGCCCAUAAAGCCGGGAUUCAUCCAUGAGUCGGGCGUUAUGCUCGGCGCGGGCGGCGUCAUCGCGCUCGACGACAGCGUGAGUAUUGUGGAUAUGAUGCGCAAGCUCGCGGCGUACAAUGCAAACGAAUCGUGCGGCAAAUGCACUCCUUGCCGAGAAGGGACGCCGCGCAUGGUGGAGCUGGUUGACAACUUAAUAUCAGGACAGGCGUCGGUUAGCGAUCUUGACGAACUGCGGCAGCUCGCCGAACUAGUGAACGCCGCUUCUCUUUGCGGACUAGGACAGGCAGCUGGGAACCCUGUGCUUAGCGUGCUGCACUUCUUUGGCGAUGAGCUGGCGAUGAUGGCAAAUCGUUCAUAG